AGCAGGAAGGCGUCGCCCGGAAGAGGUUCCUGAAAGAACCGCUGGCUCCAAAACGCGUACCCUGGGGGCUCCAGCCUUUCUACUUCCUGAGGCAGCCUUGACUAUGGCAAAGCAGACGAGCAGCAGAACCUGAUACAACAUGAUGGCCAUCCGCCUAGAAGCCUGAGGAUUCGGAGAGAUAGGGGGAUUGGCCCAAGCGGACACCUGGACAAUGGCAGACCUUUCUAAGGAGACCUUCGAGUCCUUUACUGAUGAGGUACAGAGUUCUAGUUCAUUCAGUUCCUUUGGAGGACCGCAUCUCAGGUCCUACGGCUCUGGAAGCAUAUCUGAGGGUGGAACGCCGACUACACGCUCAGAAUAUGGAGGCGACCAAUCUGAGCUUUCAGAUUUCGAAAAUAAUGAAAAGAAGUUGAGCAGAAAACUGAUCAACAACCUCAAGAGCAAGGAAGAAAACUCUGGACAGUACCAGCCAGACACUAAACUUCAAACAAAAAUCUCUCAGGCAUCCUUUGAGGAACUGAAUGCCCUGCAGUCUUUCUGCGCCAUUAAGAUAAAUCUGAUCCAUCAUAGAGGGAACUCUAAGGGGAAAACAAGCAGCAGACAUAAAAAGCUGCAGCCUAGAUCGAAUCCAGAGGCUCCAGAGACAAAUGUAUUAAACUGCACUGUCCCUAAUGAGCUUUUGAACAGAAUCUAUUUUGAAAACAUGAGGACAGCACUCAAACAGGUGGCAACAUCUAAGCAACACAUUUCUUCUCAGUGUCCCAGUUGUAACAAGAAAAGAGCAGAACUGGCCCAAUCUGCCUUCCUGAAGCAAAAGAAGACUUUACUGGAGUCUGUUCUACUCCGAGAGAAAAUAGAUGAACAUCUUCAUACAAAAGACUUUCUUACCCUUAUCAGAGAAGCACAUCAGAGCCUUCCCAGGCUUUCAGAUGACCCCAGAAUAAUCUGGAAAAGACUGAAUGAGAAAAGUCGUAUUGGAUACUCUGCUUUUGAAAGGUCAGAUACAAAGCAGAAGAUGUAGCAGAAUGGAAACAGUGCCUGUCAUUCACCUUUUUCUCUACCAGUUCUCAAACUAUUCUAACUAAACAGGGGAUGGUAUUUAUUAAUGAUAAUAUGUAAUGUAGAUAAAUGUUUCUGCUGUGUAUUUAAAUAAUUAUUAUUCCUACAGGCACUUUGGAAAUUUAAGAGUUUACUAUCUUCCUUCACAAAUUUGAGGGCUGCAAACUUUCCACCCAGUAUUUUUUCAGAUUAUAGAGGGCAACAUUUCAGUUGGAAUAGUUACAAAGUUUUUACCACAAUCCAGGAGAGAGAUGCUGGCAACUUGGACUAGGGUUUUGAUAGUACAGAUAGAAAUAAAUACAGGGUUGUAAUAAAUAGUUAGGAGGUAAUAAUUGACAUUCCUUGGUAAAGAAAUGGAUAUGGGGGUUUAUUAAAAGGUAAAUGUUAAGAAUGUUACUGUUUCUGACUGUGCAUUUGGAUGAAUGAUAUUGUCCUUAAGAUAGGAACACCAAAAAGAAAAAUGUUUGAUGAAGAGGGUGAUUAUUUGACAGGGUUAGUUUGAGGUAUAUUUGAGACAUUCAUAUUGAGAGCUUGAGAGACAUUUAGUUAUUUGUGCUUGCAGUCUGGAGAAAAGGUCUAGCCUAGAGAUUAAAGUAAAGGGUUGUGGCAGUGGGGGUGGGAGUGGUGGUCCUCUGGCAUAUACUGUAGUUGGAAAUUAAAGUCAUAGAUAUGGUGAGCUCUUCUGAAAGAAAGGAGAAUGAGAAGAUAAGAAGCUCUAUGACCAAUUCCUGAAAAUUCACUAAUAAUGGCUGGGUAGAGGAGAAUAGGCCAGCAAAAGAGGUUGAGAAGAUGUCAUCAUAGAAGAUUAAAGGAAACCAGGAAUGUGUAGUAUCACAGAGACCAAAGAAAGAGAACCUUUCAAGAAUGAUGGGUUGUCCAAGCAUGCCAGUGCAACAGGGAGUUUGCAUGAGGUGAUACAGCCAUGUGUUGGCCUUUUGGCCUUAACCACAGCCACUUCACUCAUACUGAUUGGGCAGACUGACAAAGUAGAUGGAAUAAAUGCAGGUUAAUGCAAUUAGGGAAAAUAGGUAUAGACUGCUUCUUAAAGUGUAGCUGUGGAGGGAGAGAGAGGGGAGGUAAUUUUUCUGCAUGUCUAACACCUAAACUAUCAUAGUCAAACAUUUGUAAAAAUCAGCAAAAAAUAGCUUUUGUUUCAUAUUCCAAUAUUACUCAUUGACUUUGGACUUUCACUUAAGUAUAGACGCUCUUUUUCUCCUAUAAAAUUUAGUAUAUUUUCUCUAAAUCAUUCCUAAAUAAAAUGGGGAACAAAUCAUUA